AUGCGGCUUCAUUUGAUCAAACCCUCGAUUCUAAAGACUUCUACUCGUCACACAACCGGCCCCGGAGCUUAUAAACGGCUUCCAAUCGAUGAAAAAUGGGCAGCAAUGGCGAAAAAAGCGAUGAAAGGAAAAGAGGCGGAUACGCUUAUUUCGCAAACGCCUGAAGGAAUUCCGAUCAAGCCGCUUUAUCUCCGAAAAGAUCGCGAUUGUGAUGCUGAGCGUGAGCCGGAGCUUCCCGGACAAUUCCCGUUCACCCGCGGCCCAUACCCAACCAUGUACACGCAGCGACCGUGGACAAUUCGCCAGUACGCUGGAUUCUCAACCGUCGAGGAAUCCAACAAGUUCUACAAGGAGAACAUCAAGGCCGGACAACAGGGAUUAUCAGUGGCUUUCGAUCUUGCCACCCAUCGAGGAUAUGAUUCCGACAAUCCAAGAGUGUUCGGUGACGUCGGAAUGGCCGGUGUCGCUGUCGACUCAAUCGAAGACAUGAAGCAGCUUUUCGAUGGAAUCAAUUUGGAGAAGAUGUCGGUGUCGAUGACGAUGAACGGCGCUGUGAUUCCGGUGCUUGCGAUGUACAUCGCCGCUGCUGAAGAGUCGGGGGUGCCGAGAAAGCUGCUCGCGGGCACCAUUCAAAACGACAUCCUCAAAGAGUUCAUGGUCCGUAAUACGUAUAUCUAUCCGCCGGAGCCGUCCAUGAGAAUUAUUGGAGACAUUUUUGCGUACACGUCGAAGGAAAUGCCCAAGUUCAACUCGAUUUCCAUUUCGGGAUAUCACAUGCAAGAGGCUGGAGCUGACGCGGUCCUCGAGAUGGCCUUCACAAUCGCCGACGGCAUUCAGUAUUGUCAGACGGGAUUGGACGCCGGACUUCACAUCGAUCAAUUUGCGCCGAGAUUGUCGUUCUUCUGGGGAAUCUCAAUGAAUUUUUACAUGGAAAUCGCAAAAAUGCGCGCUGCUCGCCGCCUUUGGGCCCAUUUGAUCAAGGAGAAAUUCAAUCCAAAAAAUAUGAAGAGUUGCAUGCUGCGAACACACUCGCAAACAUCUGGAUGGUCCCUAACUGAGCAGGACCCGUACAACAAUAUUAUUAGAACUACCGUUGAAGCGAUGGCUUCGGUGUUCGGUGGAACCCAAUCGCUUCAUACCAACUCGUUCGAUGAAGCACUUGGAUUGCCGACGAAGUUUUCGGCGAGAAUCGCGAGAAACACACAAAUCAUCAUUCAGGAGGAGAGCGGAAUUUGCAAGGUCGCUGAUCCAUGGGGUGGCUCUUAUAUGAUGGAGUCGCUUACCGACGAAAUCUACGAUAAAGCGCUGGAGGUGAUCAAGGAGAUCGAUGAGCUCGGAGGAAUGGCGAAGGCUGUCGCAUCAGGAAUGACGAAGCUGAGAAUCGAGGAAGCUGCAGCGAAGAAGCAAGCUCGAAUUGAUGCCGGAAAGGAUGUCAUCGUCGGAGUAAACAAGUAUCGACUUGACGAGGAGACUAUGGUUGAUGUCUUGAAGAUCGAUAACGCCAAGGUUCGCGAAAGUCAGAUCGCGAAGCUUAAACACAUCCGAGCGACUAGAGACAAGGAAAGAGCGCAGAAGGCACUUGACGCGAUCACGGCAGCCUCUGCAGGAAAAGGAAAUCUUCUCGAGCUUGCCGUUGAAGCGGCGAACGCGCGUUGCACCGUCGGCGAGAUUUCGGAUGCGAUGGAGAAGGUGUUCCAGCGGCACGCGGCCGUCAAUCGUCUCGUCUCCGGCGCCUACAAGUCCGAGUUUGGCGAGACGUCGGAAAUUCAACAAGUCAUGGAUCGUGUCAAGGAGUUCGCUGAGAAGGACGGACGUCAGCCGAGAAUUAUGGUGGCCAAGAUGGGACAAGACGGACAUGAUCGCGGCGCGAAAGUCGUCGCCACUGGAUUCGCCGAUCUCGGAUUCGAUGUCGAUGUUGGGCCGUUGUUCCAGACGCCCGCCGAAGCCGCCCAGCAGGCUGUGGACGCUGAUGUGCACGUCAUCGGAGCAUCAAGCUUAGCCGCCGGACAUUUGACUUUGAUUCCGCAGCUCAUCGAUGAGCUCAAGAAGCUCGGAAGACCGGAUAUCCUUGUGAUCGCUGGAGGCGUCAUCCCACCGCAAGAUUAUCAGGAACUCUUCGAUAGCGGUGUCGCACUUGUGUUCGGACCAGGCACCCGACUCCCAGUGUGCGCCAAUCAGAUUCUUGAGAAACUCGAAGCCAAAUUGCCGAAUUCGUCCGGCAAAGCCGCAACGAACUAA